CUGGCCGGUCCAGACAUACCUCUCGGCCGGCUCGGGCGGAGACGUCGUCAGGGUUAGCCGCUGCGGGGACGGCGACAGCGGCACCACGCAGUCCCCUACUGCGGAGAGGGCCAUGGAGGCCGCCAUCUGCGCCUGGUACGCGGCCUCCUCCGCUGUUGCCGCUUCGGCCUUCCGUCACUCCUCCUCAAUGGAGUUGGUGAAGGCCUCCGCCAGCGCUGCCUGGUAGGCCGCCUCGGCUUCCUCCUCCUCUGGCUGAACGACAGGGGGAGGCGGAGGGUUGAUGUGGUGGUGGUGCACGCCGCGCCGCCGUUGCUCCGCGUGUUCGAGGGCAAACCAGACCUGCCAAUUGGGAGAGUCUGCGGCGUACUCGGGCAUGCGCCGCUGCGCCGGCGUGAGCUACGCCCGCCGCUUGCGCACCUCGUCAUCGUGCUCCCGCUAUGUCCGCGGCACCGUCGGCAUCGGGAUCCGCUGUGGAUUGAGGUGCCAGUGGUGUGGCAGCGUGAUGUCCAGGUAUGGAGCGGCUACCUGAACUCCCAGUGUCACCGCGCUUGGUGCACCGGGAUGUUCAGACGCUGCCGACCUGAUGAGCGGGCAGGUGCCGGCGGCGGAGGAGGAGGAGGGGGGGAGGAGCACGAGAGGAUGAGGCACCGGGGUGCCCUUGCCCUUGCCGCUAAAGAACCCCAUGGCUAGGGUUUUGAGUUGUCGCCGGCGAGGAAGCGGGAAGGGGGUAGGGGGGGGGCAGAUGUGGACGGAAGUGGAUGAGGCCGCCCCCUCCCACACGCGAGGGUUAAAAAAGGACGCUUUCACUGGCUGACUAGUGGGCCCGGUGUUGGUGGUCGUCAUAAAUUAGAUGGCGGGCGGUAGUUGGGUGGCCGCCAAAUGGGACCGUGGCGGACACCAAGGAGGCGCGCGCCGUGUCCGUGCCGAAGCAUUCCAAGCGCAAUUUUGGGCCUGAAAUGGGUUCGGGUCGGUGCGUUGGGUCUCCACUUUUGUCCGCGCCGACCCCAACGCAGACGAUUUGGAUCGCCCUGUUGGAGUUGCUCUAAACGUAUCCACGUGGAAGAGUGCUCCGAUCUAAUCUUUCCGACACGUAAGCUAUAUGGAGAGGCCAGGGUGCGCGUGCAUAGGAAAAUAUAUGUACGGACGUGGGUACCCGUCCGUCCGGACAAAACCCUAGUUGAUCCAUAUCGAGCGAUCCCAUGGCGCUGCCGCUGCUGGCGAGGAGGCUCGCUCUGCGACUGCCGCUGCCGGUCUCGACCUCCCCGCCGCCAGCAACUCAGCGGCCUUUCUUCACCCGCAUAUUCAACUCCACCUCUAAGGUUCAAGAGAAGCAAGGAAGAAUAUUUAAUUUGGAAUCAGUUAGUGAAGAGGAGAUCCAACACGAGGCACACCUUGUAGAAGAACAACGACUUCAUGAAGUUUGGCGACGUAGGAGGAAUGAGCACAAGAAGAUGUCGGAAAUUUUUAAGCAUGUAUGGGGGAGUAUGAAGUUGUGGGCUGGUGGUAUCGUUGUAACAGAGCUCAUUUUAUUUGUUGAUGAUGUGCGACGCAACACUGCUAGUACUCCUACUAGCGUGGAAGAACCUAACAAGAAGUGCCCGUGUUGCGGCACUCACCUACACGAUUAAUUAACUAUCAAAAGCUAAGUUGCAUCCGACAGUUGAUGCCCAGUUUUUAUAUCCUAAUAACAAUUGUGCCGGUAUGCAUGUGCUUUAUUUUAUUGUGAUGAGCAUUAUUACGUGUGAA